AAAGAAAGAGAUCAAAAGUCCUGAAGAAGCAGUCACUUCAAGAGGAUCAGAUAGUAUGGAUACAAAGAUUCACCAUAACUCUGAAGAAACUCAAGGAAAAGAGUCAUUUACUCAAAUGGACUCUCCAGAUCUUUCAGAUAUGAUUGGGGAGGGCAUUUUCUCUAGGCUGUCGCUUGUGGAAAAAGAGUAUAAGCAUUCUCUCAUAAAUCUCUCCAACGUGGAAGAGGAAGGCUCAAGGACAAAGAGAUUACAGUCAGAUUCUUGCCCUCUAUCCAACAUGACUCCUGAGGUAGAGAAGGAAAAAAGUAGAGAGGUAAUAACGCCUGUUGCAAAGUUUAGGAAAUUCUGGAACAAUCCAGUUACGCAAUUAGGAAGGGAGGAAAUAUCUUAUAGCUAUUUAGUGGUGAAUCCAAAUAGAAAAGGAUUUAAUUCUAGACUUUUUACCAGUAAUAUUAGUCAGUCCGGCAGGAUUAUUCUGGCACCUGGGAACACUUUGCAGACUGAGGAUCUUCAAGUAAUUCCUGUGGAAGGUACCUCCACAUAUUUGUCAGCCACCAAGACAGAGAAUGUGUUUGGUGAAGGAAAGUCCCAUAAUAGAUCUCCUGUCCUGCCUGAUCAGAGUGAUAGUAUUGAAGACAUACACAUCACAGUCUGUGAACCCAGCUGCAUUUCACCACCUGUUGUGGAAAAGUUUGGGGCUAAUCAGAAGGGUGAGCUUCUUAGCGAAAUGAAGAAUCAGAUGCCCAGCGUGGAUAGUUUGGUUCAGUAUUUCUUAGAGGAAUCUGCUGAAGAAGUUUCCCGGAGACAGUUGAAUGUGGAAGAACAGAAAUCCUUAAACCAAGGAAAUUUCAAAUCCAAUGAUGAAAGUGACGAUAGUUCUUGGUUUCUGAUGGAAAUUGCAGAGGACUUAGAUAAUGUAGAUGUUGCGAAUGUCCCUGAUGGACAAAAUAAGGCUGUGAAACAGGAGACUGGAGGAGAGCAUUUGAAUCCUAGUAAGGUCACCUUGCAGUCACAAAGCAUGGAGGUGCCAGUGUCACGGACACACAAGGCAGAAUGUCAUUCUUGCUCCAAUGACAUAAACAAAAUCAAGCACAGUGAUAUUAAAAAAAGCACAGCUUUUUGUUGUCUUGAAUCAGACAGAGAUGGACAAAUUAGUUGUGUAGGAAAAGAAGUAGCUCCGGAUUCAGCCAAAGAAACCUGUCUCAUAGGGGAGGAAGAGGGCCCUUUGGUUCAUCAGUCACAUGGUGUGCAAAUUGUGUAUUACAAAAUGUCUGGGCCAGUAGUCGGACUCCUUGGAGUCCCCAGCAAGGCCUGUAAGCCAAGGAGACUGCAGAGACUGGUAGAAUUGGAGGAUUCUUCAAAUGAUGAGAUGUGUGUUUGUUGCCAGCCCCCUAAGAAAAUGUCUAGGCCUGUCCCGGGAGUCUCCAGCAGCAAGGCUUGUAAGCCAUGUAAGAUGCGGAGAGUGGAGGAAUUGGAGGAUUUAUCAGAAGAUGUAUAUGUUGAUUUCCAGGUUACUCAGGAAAUUAAAGACAGCGAUUACCUCCCAACAUUAUAUAAAAAAGAAAUGAAGCAGCUCCUGAAACCAUACGCAGCACAUGUGCUUUGGCAAAAGCCUUUGAACUCAGAUUACAGUAAUGAAAAGAAGAGGAGGGGUAGGAGACCAGCCUCUAAAGAAGCUUCAGCUUCUGUUCAUGGUUUGCAGCUGUCUGAAGAACAAAGUCGAAUUAAGGUCAUUGACUCAUUGCGUGGGAUGCUACAGAAAAGGUUGGAGGAGUCUCCUGAUCUGGAUGUCCAUGAAGAUACGAUAUUGAGAUUAGCAAACAAUGUGGAGAAGGAAAUAUUCAACCUCUUUCUUUGCGUCGACCAACGAUACAAAAACAAGUACCGCAGUCUCCUCUUUAACCUGAAAUCUCCGAAAAAUAAGCUCCUCUUCCACCAGGUGGUUCUCGGAGCGGUUUCCCCUCAGUGUCUUGUUCAAAUGAAUUCCCUGGAGCUGGCACCGAAGGAGUUGGCAGAGUGGAGAGCUAAGGAGAGCAAACAUGUGCUGGAGGUGAUAGAGAAACAGCAGCGAGAACCACCAAGAUGUUGCCCCACAAAACUGACCCACAAAGGAGAAAUAGAGAUACACAGGGAGGUGGAUGAGGACUUCACUUUGGAAGACCUAUAUGGAUCAGCACUAUGUAUGGACAAGAUACCUAUUUCCCAGCCCGCUGCAGAGUCCAAAAGAGACACCACCGACCAGCACAGGAGUCACUUACUGGACGUAGACUGCCUUAUCUGUACAGGAAGGAUGGCUCCUGAUGGUGAGAGAGGUUUUAACCGACUGCAGAGCAAACUAACCUCAAAGAAGAAGGCAGAAGACAGCUCCAGAAGAUUACAUUCAACCGGUGUCUAUUCAGACAAAGAGAGAAAACAUUUGGAGAAAGACAGGCCUGUCUCAAUUGGUGUCCUCAAGAAGAGUCCAAGGCUACAGAAGCAAGUCAAAGACACUGUGCUGUGGGAAGGAUUCAUUCAGAUGUUCAGCAUUAAACAGUUUGCGGCAAAAGCGUAUCCUGUUUCAGGCUACGGCACUUGCCUCAUUCAAGUGUUACCGGAGCUGAUUCAGUCAAGGGGCUGUAUUCUCCCGGAGGACGUCUGGGAUUAUUUAGAGAGCAUAUGGCCAGCUGAAGCCAAGGAGAUGAGCAUGAUACGAUUCUGCCCUGCCAUGACCAAAGGCUUCAGCACUUACAACAUGCUGUACUCGUAUUUGAACAACAAACAGAGAUAUGGCAUUGUGGACAGCAACCAGAUGGAAAUGUUCAUGGUACCGCUGCCAGCCUUCCAGCCAAUACCUGCCAAAUUCCAUCCACUUGGUGGCCCAGGUCUUGAUGCAAAUCACUCUUGCUUGUUGCUGGGACUGAUUCUCCCAAAGAAAGUCUCAGGCGACCCCUCUACAAGUAGCACGGGGCCCAGCCUCUUAAGGGAAACAAAAAGAAAGACAGUGACUUUUAAAAAUAACCUUGUGACCAAAUGCUUUUCUCCUCCUCUGGACAGUUCCGGGAGCAGCAAACUGGCUGAACCAUUUCAACAGGUACCUUCCAGGGCAUUCACAGGUAAGUGGCUGUCUAGGAACGAGUAUCCUCCAGCGGUUUUUCACAGCCAGGAGCCCUAUAAUAAUAUGUUCGCUCUCAGUACGGCAGUGGGUGAAGUCAUAAAUGGCGGGACAUGCCAUGCAGCAUCUUCUUCACACUGCCAAAACAGAAAGGAGGAAACUAACCUAUCCAUGCAGGAUUGUGCUUUCCAUUCACUUAGCAACUUCUCCUGGGUGGGAGGGCCCAGCAUGGCUCAGGAAUCAUUGGGAAGGCAGCAGAAUAUGACUGGGGGACAUACGGAGUUUCAGGCUGAUGCAGGGCCAGCCACGUCACAGAACUGGAAUCACGGACCAUUGUCUUCAUGCUCUUUAUGCUCACAUGAAUGUGGUGGCAAUGUUGCCCUCGAUGUCAAUUUGUUAGGUAUUCUUCAGUGUCCUGGAGUUGCAUCUUCUGGUGGAGUUUCUCAGGUGCCAUCUGUGCCCCAUCUUGUUUCCAAUGAACCUUCUGCUACAUCUGACCUCCAAAAUCAUGCUGCAGCUGGAGACUCCAAUCCAACUAUUCCUGUGGGGGAAGCAUUGUCUCUGAUCCAGCAUCUGGAGGCACUGGUGCAGUUGAAUUCACAGAUUCAGAACCAGACUCUUUUCCCACUUCCUUCGUUAAAUCUUUCUGCAAUCCUACAGGCAACCACACCCGGGGAAUCUCAGAUUGUUGGAGGAUCCACAUCUCCACCUGUCCAGCAGGAAAGUGGUGUGUAUCCCCAGUCUCAGUUGACCCUUCCUCCCUUUUGUGGACCGGUAUAUCCCCCUUCUGGUUGUUAAUUACACCAUGUCCUCUAGGGAGCUCCACAGAGAACCAUUUGUACAAUUGUGUACUUCUGACAUGAAAGCAGCAUAUACAUAAAGAGUUUGCAACUCAUCUUAAAAGCAUCAGCCUCUGGAAUUUAAAAGGGCCGUCCCCAAACUUUUGAGAGUUGUGGAUAGGUUGAAACAUGCCCGUACGGAAAGAAGGCUUACAGAAUUAUUUCACUGGGAACAGAUGGAAUAAUGAGCAGCGCUCUAAAUACAUCAGUGGCCAGAUAUUGAUCCGAACGGAAGAAGUAGGGCAAGUGUUAUGAUCACUCCAUGUAAGCUGUUUUCUGGUCACUCUGCUUUCUGUGGCCAUUGAAAAGGAAUUUUUGGCCAUUUCCCUGUGCACUUGAGCGGAGCGGGAGUGACAAAGAAGUACUGUGCACUAAGAAAAGUGUGUGUGUUGAGGGAGCAGAUCUGAGGCUUACUGAGAAAUAAUGUGCCACUGAACUAAGUUGGUUUUUUUUUGUUUGUUUUUUAAAAUUUUUAAUUCCACCCAGUCCUGUUGGUGGUUGGAGCUUUUCCGUGUACUAAAGGUUUUUAGAUGACUGUUUUACAAUUAUACCGAGCAUAAGUAGUUUCUCCCACUGGUAGAAAGGGACCUGCUGUUGAGGUGUUACUGGCAUUACCUUCACCAGCAAUUGCAAAAAAUGUUUUGUCUAUUUACAAUACUUAUGGUAUUUU